AUGGCUCAGGCCACUUCUGAUGAGUCUAGCAUCUUUUACGUAUCCUUUGUUGUUCCUAAGUUUCUCGUCAAACAGGCCAAGUCAAAUCUGGAAAGGAAACAUAAACUGGAUCGAAGCGUCAAAAUCCAGCCAUAUCGACGCGAUGCCUACAUCAAUGCCUGCGGCGACCAUAUGCUGAUACAGAGCACAAUCAUCUUACCGGAUUCUAUGAGCCAACUGGAGGGGAGACUACAAGCUUUGAAAGAGCUCGGAUUAGAAUCGUAUUACGAUCGCAUCUUCAUCAUCAAAACCCAUUCUCGUCAGGCUUCGGACGUCCAGCAGUACGACGCCCAGAGGAAUCCUCUGCAGGAAGCUUUCGGGAAAGGUCUGCAGCAGCUGCCGAAGGAGCUCCUAGCAUCCCUGUGUCUCACUAUGGACCGUCUCCUCGCCGACCUCCCCGAUUCAUAUACAAUAUAUCCACCAAUGCUCCUCCUCACGUCGAAAACCUUCGCCAGCUCUUCAUGGCAAACUCUCCUGGCAUCAGCCUCCCCUCGCCAACUAAACGACCUCUACGCCACCGUAGCCACGGCUCUCCGUGUCACCCACAUAGCGCAGAACGCGCCCAUCCCACCCUCAAUCGGCCAAAGUCUCGACCGCGACCCGCCUGCCUCCGAGCAACCCCUCACCAAGCAGCCCACCACCGCCAACAUCCUCCGCAGUCCCACCGGCCUCAAACCCCUCUACGGCUCCUUCGGCCCCCUGACCAAAACCGCCCAACCCACCCCUCACGACCUAACCACCGCCCUCUGGGUCUCCACUCGCCAAAACAACAUCCUCCAGACCUGGGCCCCGGUGCACACGAUGUUCAGCCGGGGCAACAUCAGCGAGAAGACCCGUCUGCUGACGCUGCCGAGCAUCGCGCAAGCGGUCGCGGAGGGCGAGGUCGCGGGCGCGGGGUCCACGGCUGUCGACCUGUAUGCCGGGAUCGGGUAUUUCGCGUUCUGCUAUGCGCGCGCGGGGGUGCGGCGGGUGCUGUGCUGGGAGCUGAAUGGGUGGAGUGUGGAGGGGUUGAGGAGGGGGGCGGCGGCGAAUGGGUGGGGUGUUAGGGUCGUGGAAGGGGAUGGCCAAGGCAUGGAGAGGGAGGAGGUGGAUGGAACGGAGGAGGGGGAGGUGUUUUGGGUGUGGCGGGAGUCGAAUGAGCGGGCCGGGGAGAGAAUCGAGCGGUUGAGGGGGGCGGUGCCCCCGAUACGACAUGUGAACUGCGGACUGCUGCCGAGCUCGAGAGGGAGUUGGGAGACUGCUGUGGGGGCGCUGGAUCCGGGGCUGGGGGGUUGGGUUCAUGUGCAUGAGAACAUCGCGAUGAAGGAGAUUGAGGGGAAGGCGGCGGAGAUUCUGGAGGAGAUCCAGGGUAUCGUCGACCGCGUCGCCGAUGAGGAUCAUCGCUCGCAAAGGGACGAGCUGGGGGGAAGGAAGGCUAUACUUGAGCAUGUCCAGAAGGUGAAGACAUAUGCGCCGGGAGUAAUGCAUUGCGUGCUAGAUAUAUGGAUACCUCCACGCAGGUCAUUGGAUGAAGUCAAGGACAGUUGUAAGGGAAGUAUUAGUCUGGAGCGCGAGGUGUAG